AUGUUUCUCGAGAAACACAAGAUCCAACUAAGGAAAGUUAAUUCUGAAAAUGAACAUAAUCUUGCUUCACUUUCGGAUUAUAUAUUUGACCAAAUUGGUCAUCUUGAUAUUUAUGAAGCCUUUGUUAAAGGGGUCACAAAUCUUUUUACGGAGAAUAAUACUACGUUAAAAGAAAUGUUUAGUGGCGCCGCAAAAGAUAUGCCUUAUCCUCAAUAUAAUUUAGGAGAUUUUUAUGAGAAUGGAACAAAUAGAGAUCAAGAACAGGCUAUGUUCUGGUAUAAAAAAGUUGCCAAAAAUGGAUCUUCCGA